AUGUUAUUAUAAAAGCUGCAAUAUUAACGUCUCCGAUUACUCGUACGUACGUUCGUUGUUUAAUUCAGUCGUUCUGAUCAUCAUCAUCAUCAUGCAGACUAAUUUCUUCGGCAAUAUUAUACCGAUGAUCGGCUAUAUGUAUAUAUAUAGCAUGGUAUAUAUAUAUACGGGGGCCAACGUGCAUGGAUCAUUCACAGAUCAUGAUUUACCACCUGGGUUUAGGUUUCGCCCAACAGAUGCAGAGUUGGUAAAACACUAUCUGCGAAAAAAGCAGCUUUCCAUCCCACUUGCAGGACCAGUUUUUCAAGAAGUUGAUGCAACAGAUCUUUAUUCCACUCAUCCCAAGUGUUUAGUGAAAUUCCUGGAUGGGGAGAGAGAAUGGUUUUUCUUUAUUCACGAAGAUGACAACUCUGAUCAUGACAUAAUAAUUAGAAGAUCAACAAAAGCUCGAGUACUUGCUGAAAAUGGAGGAGGGUUUUGGGAAGCAUGGAAGGAAGAGGAUCCCAUAUGCAAUGAGGAUGGAAAUAUCAUUGCCUGGAAGACAGAUCUCACUUAUUUUUCUAUGGGCUCUAAUUCAAGAGCAAAGAAAACACAUUGGACAAUGCAACAGUACCGAAUAGUACUACCUCAUGAUGUUGUUGGAUCAUCAUAUAUCAGUAGUACUGCAGAUCAUGAGAAACAUUCCCAGAGAGAGGGUGUAUGGGUAUUGUGCAGACUCAGAAGAGGUAGGGAGUACGAGACCAGUUUUUAGCAACGUGCAGCCCAGUUUUUAGCAACGUGCUGCUUGCUUGCUAUCUUUUGGCUGCAGUAUGAUUAUUUUUCUAUAAUUUAUUGGAGUUAUGAAUAACCCUGAAUCAUCAUGCAUGCAUGUAUCAAUGGCUAAUAUAUCAGUUGCCAAUAAGCUACGUACAACGUCGAAUAAGGGUGUUGGCAGCUCAUGAUAUAUAUGGCCUGUCGAUGGAUCGAAUGGGGAAACAAGAGUUUGAGUCUCGACCGAUGUUCUCAUUGCUAUAUAUAUAUAUAUAUAUAUAUGGGCACGUUUAUUUAUGCAUAUGAUAUUCUAGCCUUCACUA